AUGGGAUUCUUUGACGCGUUCAAGUUCGACUGGAAAUCCCACAAGUGGGCUCUCAUCUACUGUUCCAUUGCCGCUAUCGGCGCGCUCUGCUACGGUUAUGACAACACCUACUACAAUGGCGUUCUUGCGAUGCAAGAGUUCAAGAACGACUACGGUACACACUACGACGAGAACGGUAACAAGGCGCUGCCUUCGUCGUUCCAAUCGCUCACGGCUUCGUCCAUCUACAUCGGGGACCUUUUUGGUGCAAUCCUUGCCUCGCCCAUCAAUGAUCGUUGGGGACGAAAGGCCGUGUUUUGGGUCGCCUCGUUCUUCAUCCUUUUCGGUGGUAUUGCGCAGGUUGCCGACACGAACCAUGAAUCUGUGAUUGUGGUUGGGAGGAUCUUAAUUGGCCUCGGCGUUGGCCAGUUCACUGUUACGACGCUUCUUUACAUGGGAGAAAUCGCACCCACGGCGAUUCGUGGACCGACCUUGAUGAUGUUCCAAUUCCUCCAGUCCUGGUCGCAACUCAUUGCCUCAGCCAUUACACAGGGCAGCGAAAACAUCAAGAGCUCGCUCUCCUACAAACUUCCCAUGGGUGGUCUUAUUAUCCUCCCGCUGAUGAUGUUCGCCGGUCUUCCUUUCAUCCCAGAAAGUCCUGUCUGGUACCUCUUUAAGGGCCGACGGAGCGAAGCCGAAAACGCCCUUCGAAAGAUCAACCGAAGCCAGACCGAGUAUGACCCGACGAAUGAUAUGCAGACGCUGGAAGAGACGGAGCGUGUUGAAGAACAGCAUACUGAAGAGUCGUCCUGGAAGUCGCUUGUCAUGGAUCCCAUUGAGCGACGCAAGGUCAUUUACUCAGCCGGCGCCCUGUUCAGUCAGCAAAUCUGUGGUGUGCUGUUCUUCUACGUCUACGGUGUUGUCUUUGCUCAAGAGAUUGGCAUCAAGGAUCCGUUCCUUAUUCAGCUGAUCACCAAUAUCCUGCAGAUCUUUGCGGUGGGAGCAUCCGUCAUCACUGGAAACAAGAUCCGACGACGAACUAAUCUGUUGGUGACGAACUUCAUGAUGCUUGUGGCAUUCAUCGUGAUUGGAGGCAUUGGAACGCAAAAGACUCUGACGACGGCCUCUCAAUAUGUUAUUGUCGUCUUCUCGUACAUGUUUGUUGUCGGAUUCAACUUUGGACCUGGGCCCUUGGCUUAUACCGUUGCACGAGAGAUGGCGGUUGGCAUCAACCAGAGCAAGAUCAUGUCCACGUCCAUCGUCGUCUUUUAUUUUGCGACCUGGCUCGUCUCCUUCACGGCGCCCUACAUGUACUACGAUGGUGGUCUCGGCCCCAUGGUCGGCUUUGUGUACGCUGGAACGACUGGCAUCGCCCUCAUCUGGACUUGGUUCUGCGUCGGAGAGACCACGGGACGAACCAACCUCGAGAUUUCGCUCUUCUUCACCGAAAGUAUUCCGGUGCGUGAGUGGCGAACCCACGUAUUCAACUCUUCCCACACGUCUGAGGACUUGGAGAAGAGCGCUGGUAGCUUCGAGCAGGGAAAAGGAACGGCCGCCCACGUGGAUGUUGCGCCUUGA